AUGCCUGACCCGCGGACGUCCCAGCCGGUUCUGCCCGCGGGAACCCUGUCGCUCGUUCCCGAGACCUCGCUGUCGAUGGCCACGGGGGCGUCUCCCUCCGCCAUUGGCGUCAUGUCGAACGCCGAAUUGAUGGCAGCGGUGCUCGACCUCGGCAAGAUGGUGGCCGAGAUUCAUGCGUUCCUUUUGGGACCGCAAGGACCGCAGCCGAUCCCACCGCCGCCGCCCACGCAGCAGCAACUGCCGCCGCCACCGCUUCCGGCUUGGAUCGCCGGUUUGUCGAAACCCAUCUACACGCCGCUCCCGACCACCGGGGCUGUCAUGGCGCAUGGCGGCGCCUUGGCUCCGGGCGUCCUCUACGGCGGGGUGGACGGCCCCCUGUUCCACGGCGGCAGCCUGAUGCCGACGCUCUCCGCCGCGUCGCCCUCGUUGGACAGCACGGGCGCGGCGCCCUCGGCCUCCGCAUAG